AGCAGACAGCGGUGUUCCGUCUGAACUCUGCGGACUGACAAGGAGAGAUCACCGGGGUAUUUUAGUGCAGUCUGCUCACAGGUGCUCUCAGGAUGUCAGAGGUGAGAAUCAUCGAGGGGUCAGUGCAGGUGGAGGGCUGCAAUGGGCCUCUGUUUUUCAGACAAAGUGAACCUGUCACCGCGGCGACCAGACUGUCUGUGCUGCUUCUCCACGGCAUUCGCUUCUCCUCCAAAAACUGGCUUGAGAUCGGCACUCUGGAGGCUCUGGCUAAAGCAGGCUGUCACUGUGUAGCUGUGGACCUGCCAGGACUUGGCCAGUCUAAAGCAGCACAGUCCCCUGCACCUUUCGGAGAGCUGGCCCCUGCACAGUUCCUCAAAGCCCUGUGUGAGAGUCUGGGUUUGGCUCCUGUCGUGAUCAUCAGCCCCUCGUUAAGUGGGAUGUUCUCUCUGCCUUUCCUCAUGGAGCAUCCCUCUAUGGUCCGAGCAUACGUCCCCGUAGCCCCGAUAUGUACGGAGAAAUUCACGGCAGAACAAUACCAAAAUGUCAAGGUUCCAGCUCUGAUCGUCUAUGGAGACGAGGACUCUCAGCUUGGACAAGUGUCACUAAACAACCUGAAGAAUCUGGCCAAUCACAAAGUAGUCGUGAUGAAAGGGGCGGGGCAUCCUUGUUACCUGGACGACCCGGACACAUGGCACAAAGCACUCAUAGACUUUAUAUCUACACUAUGAAACAUUCUGCAUUGUUCAUUUAUGAGCAGUUGAGUCUCAGCUUUGAAAAAAAUCCCAGUAAUCAAAAGGUAUUGAAGCCGUAGUUGACGAUCAUUACUCUUGUGA